GGGACAGGCUGGCAACGCGAACAGUCAGUCUUCUGCUUAUAAUGGCACGGAGUGAGACUGCGCCGCUCAUGGCGCCGUCGACGCCCAAGGACGAGUUCCGCCAUCUCUUGCUCCUCGCGCUGCCCCUCAUCGUCUCGCAAGUGCUCGAGUACCUUCCCAACGUCGUCAAUGGCAUGCUCACGGGCCAUCUCGAAACGACCAAUGCCAGCGAAGCGCGGCUGCUCCUCUCGGCGAACGGCCUCAGCGGUCUCUACUUUACGGUCUUCAUCUACAGCGCCGCCAUCGGCGUUGGCACAGCGCUCGAUGGUCUCUGCGCACAAGCCUACGGGAAAGGCGCGAUCGACGAAAUUGGCGUCCUGCUUCAAACGGCCUGCAUCACGUCGUCGGCGCUCGUGCUGCCGCUUCUCGCGCUCUGUGUGUUUUCCAGUCCCGUGUUGCUCGCCUUGGGCCAGCCCCUCGACGUGGCGCUGGCGACCCAAGCGUGCACGCGCCUCAUGGCGCUCGCAAUUCCGUUCGUCUUUGGCUACGAAAUCCUCAAGCGCGUGCUGCAGGGGCAGAACGCUGUUCGGCCGAUUGUGUUUGCAUUCCUUGGCGCCAACGCCGUCAACGGCGUCGUGUCCUACGCUUUUCUGUACCAUACGUCGAUGGGCUACACGGGGUGUGCACUCGCGUUCCCUUGCAUGUAUGCGGCAGGUGGCGCGCUCUUGUACCCCAAGGUCGCACAGCUGCAGCAUUUGCAAGCGAGUACGUGGUGCUGGCACAGUGCGUGGCAGCGCAUGCCUCUCUUCCUUCUCCGGAGCUUCUCCGGCUGGGCCAUGUUCGUGUUUGAGCUUGCAGGCGUCUCGACCUCGUCGUUCUUGGCCGGCGGCCUCCCGAAUGCGACCGCCGCGAUCACGGCCACGUCCAUCUACAUGGGGUUUCGCAUGAUCUUUUCUAUGGUGUACCUUGGCCUGGGUGUCGCCGUCUCCAUUCGCGUCGGAAAUGCCCUCGGCGCCCAUCAACCACAGCGCGCCAAGACGGCGGCGUGGCAAACACUCUGCAUGAGCGUGUCCUGGGCCAUCCUCUCGGGGCUCGCGAUGGUUCUUGUCGGGGGCUACUACGCCGAGCUCUAUACGCACGACUCUGCUGUCUUGAGCCUUGUGAAGGAGCUCUUGCGGGCCACGGCGCCACUGCAAGGAACGAUGGCGAUCUGGGGCGUCGUGCAAGGGGUCUUUCGAGGCAGCGGUACGCCGCACGAAGGCGCAGCGCUCAACCUGAUUGGUUUCUUCUUGCUCGGCCUCCCGCUCGGCUAUGCCAUGGCGUUCCAUGGCGGCUUUGGCGUGCUCGGUCUUUGGCUCGGUGUCUACACGGGCUUUGGCGUCUGUGCGGCCUACGGUCUCUACUGGCUCAUUACGGUGCAGUGGGAAAACUUGAUGGCCAAGGUCGACGACACCCUCGGCGUCUGAGAGAGUCCACUGG